AUGACUCCAAUUCUCAUCACUGGCGCCACGGGGUCCACUGGACGCACUACAAUCAAGUAUCUGUUGCAGAAAGGUCUUUCUGUGCGUGCAUUUGUCCACAAGGAGGAUGAUCGCUCGCGCCAACUUGAAGCUCAAGGCGCUGAAGUCGUCGUUGGAAAUCUCCUUGAUUUGCGUUCGGUCCGACGCGCAUUCAAGGACGUCAAGAGAGCUUAUUUUGUGUAUCCUGUACAGCCAGGGCUCAUCGAGGUCACUACUAUCUUUGCUCAGGCGGCUAAAGAGGCCAAAGCCGAAUACAUUGUCAACAUGUCUCAAAUCGUUGCAAGAUCGGAAGUCCCUAGCAAUGCUUCCCUUAAUCACUGGCUUUCGGAGCGGGUUUUUGAUUGGGCUGGCACGCCUGUCACGCAUUUGCAACCAACGAUUUUCCAUGAAUGGCUUGUCUAUGCCGGCAAAGUCCCAACGGGCAAAUUUGCCUCAGUCUCUACUGAUGACAUAGGAGAGUUGACCGCCACGCUGCUUGAGAACCCGGCCGGCCAUGAGGGACAGUCAUACCCCCUCGCUGGCCCUACAGAGCUGACGCCGCCCGAGAUUGCCGAUGUUCUCUCGAAGCACCUUGGAAGGAAAAUUCGCUUCGAGCAAGUCAAGGCCAGCGUCUUGAUUCGGUCAUUCUCGCCCGUUGAUAUUCCGUACCUGGAGCAACAUUUCGACACAGCGGGAGAGAUGCAUCGUGAUGGUCUUAUGGCUGGUACUAAUGAUUUGUUUGAGAAGAUUAUUGGCCACCCACCGCAGAGCACGGAUGAGUUUGUGGCGCAGAACAAAUCGAUCUGGGAGAACAACGGGGAGGAGUUUACGGUGCAUAAUAAAUCUUCCUGGAAGAAAGAGUAG